AGAGAUGCUGCAGCCCUCCUCGCACCGAGCGCACCGGUGGUCGUUAAACUGCAUUUAUGAGCGCGAUCACGGAUGCUUUGGGAUCUAUGGAUGAGCAUUCGCAAAAACGUCGCUGUCACUAAACUUGAAUUGCUCGGUGCUGAAACUUUUAGCAAGUCCGCAGAUAACAGUGAGCGCUCAUCCGCCGGACACCGUGUCUCAGGUACCUGAAGAGCAUCAGACGUCACCAUCAGAACCAUGGGCCACUCAACCUCUGCGUUACUGAGAAGUCUCUCUCUCCUGCUGGUUACCCAGAGUGUGUUUGCCAUGGUGCUGUUUAACGCCACAGAUCUCAGCAUUCUCUUGGAGAAGUACCUGGACGAUGAAGGAGACUGGAUGGUGGAGAGACAGCGAAGCAAGAGGGCCAUCACUGCCAGUGACAUGCAAGCCAUCCUGGACCUCCACAACAAACUCCGGGGCAGUCUACCCACGGCUUCAAACAUGGAAUACAUGGUGUGGGACACAGAACUGGAGCGGAGUGCUCAGGAAUGGGCCGAGACCUGCCUGUGGGAACAUGGCCCGGCUGGCCUGCUGCCUCAGAUUGGUCAGAACCUGGGAGUGCACUGGGGAAGGUACCGUCCACCUACUUCUCAUGUACAAGCUUGGUAUGACGAGGUCAAAGACUACUCAUUCCCGUACCCCCAGGAAUGUAACCCUCACUGCCCUUUUAGGUGCAGCGGUCCAGUCUGUACCCACUAUACUCAGCUUGUUUGGGCAACUAGUAGUCGAAUCGGUUGUGCGAUCAAUGUGUGUUACAACAUGAAUGUGUGGGGCCAGAUCUGGGCAAAGGCUGUUUAUCUUGUGUGCAACUACUCACCAAAGGGUAACUGGUGGGGAUAUGCCCCAUACAAGCAUGGCACCCCUUGCUCUGCCUGUCCACCCAGCUAUGGAGGAAUGUGCAGAGAAAACCUCUGUUAUAAAGGUGAUGGAACAAAUAGACAAAGCCCACGUGAGGAAACAGACGAAAGAAAUUCUAUAGAACCAGAGGCCCCUCACAGCCCCGGGCCCCGUUUACAGGCCCCAAGUCCAACCAGACGCCCAAAUGCAGUUGUGAGCAAAGAGCAGAUGUCCCAGAUUGUGACAUGUGACACAAAGCUAAGAGACCAGUGUAAAGGCACCACAUGCAAUAGGUGGCAGUGUCCUGCUGGUUGUUUAGACAGCACGGCGAAAGUGGUUGGAACGGUGUAUUAUGACAUGCAAUCCAGUAUUUGUCGGGCAGGCAUUCAUUACGGUGUCAUUGAUAAUGAUGGAGGUUGGAUAGAUGUCACAAGACAGGGCAGAAAGGACUUCUUCAUCAAAUCAUACAAAAAUGGACUUCAGUCCCUUGGGAAAUACCAGAGCGCCAAUGCCUUCACAGUAUCCAAAGUUACAGUAAAAGCUAUCACAUGUGAGACUACAGUUUCUGCGCUGUGCCCUUACCAGAAGCCUGUAAGACACUGUCCAAGGAUUUACUGUCCUCGAAACUGUCUGCAAGAAAAUCCCCACCUUUCCCGAGUCAUUGGCACCAAAAUUUAUUCAGAUAAAUCUAGUAUAUGCAGAUCUGCAGUCCAUGCCGGCGUUUUAAGAAACGAAUCAGGUGGUUACGUUGACGUGAUGCCCACAGACAACAGGAAGCUGUACAUUUCCUCGCACCAGAACGGCGUGGUCUCAGAAAGCCUGCAGAACCCCACGGGAGGCAAGGCAUUCAGGGUUUUCGCAGUUAUUUGAGCGUGUGCUGAAAUCGUGGUCACUCAUCGACACGGGCUGUAAUAGUGACCAUUGUGAGGCCUUUUCUGCUCUAACCAGCCUGUGCUGUAUUUUCUUUCACAUGAAUGUCGACUAAAGUAAGUAUUUGCUUUAUAGAUGGAGACCCUUUCCAAUGCAUCAAGCUGAUUAGCCAUUGUAUCGCCUAAAAAGCAUGUAAUUAGAGGAUCAUUCAGGGAAUAUGGUGUCUCUGUUGCAGAGAAAAAAAGCACUUAAGGAGUUUUAAUCUUCUGUUAUUGUUGUAAAGAACAUUUUAGAGACUGUUUAGCGUUUUAGUUUCAUUACAUGUUGAGGAAGUCCUCGCUCAUUUACGGAUUUGUUUUCUUUUUUCAUCAUGUAUUUAUUUUGAUAUGUAUUUUGCUUUAGGGCAAGAAAGGACUGCUGAUACG